AUGCACGUUGUUCGUGUUCCCAAAGACGUGGCAAAUGCCUUUUAUUCCCCUUUGCAUGACCAGCUGGACCUGGCGGUUGCUAAGACGAUGCGGCCACAAGAUCAAGUUUUGCUCAAGCAACGGCACAAGGCUGCCUGUAUACACUUGCAGGCCGCUGACGGGCCCAUAUUGCUUUCAGUUGGCAGUGGUGCUCUCCAAGGCGACAGCAUUGCGUCAGAUUUAUUCAUGGAGCAGUAUCAUCCCCUGGUUGACGAAUGGUUGCAAAGAGCAGCGCAAGCUUCCACCUAUCACCAAAUGUGCGCAGAUGAUCCGGUCAAUUGCAAAUAUGUCCACACUGCGUUAUCCGUCUUCGCGGAUGACCUCGCCAUUAAGGUCAUCUGCGACGAGGCUGCGGAUUUGCAAGCGCAAGCAUCUUUGCUGGAUGACGAAUUGGACGAAGUGCUCGCAAGUGGUGGUAUGGCGCAAAACCCCGACAAGCAAGAAAUCGUGUCGCGUUUUGCUGGCAGAGGAUCUCACAAGCAGAUGCGAGAAAUCUACUGCGGCAAGACUCCACUCGAUGGGAAAGCAGUGCCGCAGGCCAAAUACUUGGGAGAGAUCUGUACGCACAAUCUACUGCUGCUCGCAAGCUGUAGCAAACGGUCCGUCAACAUGGUCUUCCGAGCAUUGGUCUUCGAGACUGCUGUGGCUGGUUUGGCGCCCUUCGUCCUCAGUCAAUCCGACUACAAGGCCCUCGAUGCUUUUGUCGCGGCCAAAGGGCGGAUCCUCAUGCGGGGAAGCGCGCGCAAGCGCGAAGAACAGCCGGACGGUGCUGUCAAGUAUGCAGCUGUCCCCAACCAACAAGUCUGGCGGUAUCUUGGGCUUGCAGGAGUCUACGUGGAACUGCGUAUCAAACGCCUGCAAUUCUGGCAACGUCUGUUACGACAACCAGAACUUCACUCCAAUGUUUUCGCUGCUAUGUUCGGGUUCUUCCCGUUUGAAACAAGCCCCGCGCUGCAAGAGGAUGGCUGUCUUCUGCAGCGCAUCCGUGGCUCAAACAGUUGGUUGAUGAUAUCGAAGCUCUGCAGGACAUCGCCGAUCUGGAGCAUAUCACCAACGCAGUGGACAGGAAGCCGUUCCGCCUAUUCAGCCAUGACGUUAGACUGGAUUUUCUUAUGGUUGACAUGUCCAUUCUCCGGCGCAAGUUUCUCUGUGUGGAAAUCCCCCCACCAGGAUACCAGAGCGCAGGGAGAACAGGCUCCCGAAGACUUGCCCGACAUUCCAGAUGACGAGCAGCAUGUGUGCGAGCGCACACUUUUCAGAUGGUUCUCUGUGUGCGGUAGAGCUUUCAAGUCGAGUACAGCCUUGGCAAUACACUGCACCAAGCUACAUGAGCAUUCGCCGAUGGAAGCUUUGCUUGUGGUCACAAAUCAAUGCUUGUUCUGCAGGGAGGUUUUUGCAAAUGUUUUUUCGACGCGGAGACAUGUGGCGAAUUCCCUCCUACAGCCUUGCACGAUCAUUUGGGGCAGCAUUUGGGCGCACAGCUAUAGUGAGAGCGUAGUCGAGAGUUCCUUGAACGUCAUGGAUAAGUGGGCGGCAAAUGCUGGAACUCCCAACGGGCCGGCGCUGAAGCGCAGGCAAGUUGGAGGUGAGAAAGACGAGCUUGUCCUGAAGGCGGUUCAGCUCCUCAUGAAGUCCAACUUGAAGCUGUCUGCAGACGUACGGGCCUUGCAGUCGGCAACUUUCCGGACUUGCCUUAUCCCAUCUACGGCCUCUUUCGUGACCAAGGCGAAGGAAGCCAGUCAGAAGUACAAUGACCUCGUUCAGGCCGCAGGGAAGCACCACGACCUUGGCCCUCCACAUAUCCAUGUGUGGGCAGCGCUGACAGUUGAAGCAGCCGUGCAUCUCAGCGGAGAGAUGUUGCGGCGUGUCGAAGCCCAGGCUGCUGAAGCCGACUCUCCCAACAAGAUGCUGACGGAUGUGCUGUACUGUCGAGUAGCUCCUGCAUACGGAGGGGAAGAAAAGUUCGGCUUAGCUCCCAUGGGCGGCCUUGAGCGUGAGCUCCAGGCGCUGUUGGAGGAAAUCCAAAGCAAGUAA